CUUUCACUUCCCCCCGGUCUGCCCUUUCCUCCCUCCUUCCUUCCUUUUCAUAUAUAACUUCCUUCUUCAAACCGCCUCAAAGGUUCCUUACUUUUCCUCCUCUCCUUCUUCUAGUUUUCAAACAUGCCUGCUUGGUGGAGCAGAAGGUCAAGCAAAAAUAAUCAUAAUAAAGAACAGAGCCCGAGUCCGACCCGGAACCGGACUGCAACAGCAGCUAUUCACGGCUUGUAUAAGGCAUCGAGCAGAGAGAAGAGCGAUAGUAAAAGCAAGAAGACCGAGCCCAACCGGCCCAGGAGCUUUGAUGAAGUGUAUGUAGGGCGGAAUUCACCGCGUGAGAGCAGAGAUUUGAUAGUAAAUGGAGCCGGUUCUUCCGGGUUCUUGGGUUUUGAUUCGGAUUCAUCCGGGUUGAAAGGGCACCCUUUGCCGACACCGUCGGUUUCUUCCAUCCUGAGUGAUCACGGAGCCGGGUUGGCUUCCGGGUCGGGUUCAGUCUCGAGUGUCAGUUCAUCGGGGUCUUCUGAAGACCAUCAUGUUAUUGGAAGUGAUCAGGGUCAAUUUGUUGGUGGUUAUAGGUUGUGUGGUGAACCGAGGGUUCAUGGUGAUGGUAAGUUCAACUUGAUGCCAAGAAGUCCAGGUCCUGGGUCAAGAGGGCCUACAAGUCCCACUUCACCUCUCCACGCUCGGUUGUCAGGUGUGAGUAUUGAGUCUCCUACAGAUGGGAAGUCUCAAUGUCAUCGGCUACCUCUUCCCCCAGGUUCUCCUACUAGCCCAUCUACUUUACCUAGCUCAAGAGCUAGUGGAGCGGUUGAAAAUACCCUGUCUAAAUGGAAGAAAGGAAAGCUUUUAGGGAGAGGGACUUUUGGCCAUGUUUUUCUUGGAUUUAAUAGUGAAAGUGGGCAGAUGUGUGCAAUUAAAGAAGUCCGGGUUGUUUCUGAUGAUCAGUCAUCGAAAGAAUCUCUUAAGCAAUUAAACCAGGAGAUAAACUUGCUCAGUCAGCUUUCACAUCCCAACAUAGUCCGAUAUUAUGGAAGUGAAUUGGCUGAAGAAACACUUUCGGUUUAUCUGGAAUAUGUCUCUGGUGGCUCAAUCUACAAAUUGCUUCAAGAAUAUGGUCCCUUUAAGGAACCUGUUAUUCAAACUUAUACCCGGCAGAUUCUUUCUGGGCUUGCCUACUUACAUGCAAGAAAUACAGUGCACAGGGACAUUAAAGGGGCAAACAUCUUAGUAGAUCCUCAUGGUGAAAUCAAGUUGGCAGACUUUGGCAUGGCCAAGCAUAUAACUGCUUGUUCUUCAAUGCUUUCUUUCAAGGGAAGUCCCUAUUGGAUGGCACCUGAGGUUGUAAUGAAUACAAAUGGCUACAGUCUUACAGUGGAUAUCUGGAGCUUGGGAUGUACUAUUCUUGAAAUGGCAACAUCAAAGCCACCGUGGAACCAAUAUGAAGGGGUGGCUGCAAUAUUUAAAAUUGGAAACAGCAAAGAUAUUCCUGAAAUUCCUGAUCACCUUUCUAGUGAUGCCAAAAGCUUUAUAAGGCAAUGCUUGCAACGUGACCCUUCAGCACGCCCUACAGCUGCCCAAUUGCUUGAUCAUCCAUUUGUUCGUGACCCGACAUCUGCAAGAGCUUCUAACAACAAUUUAGCCAAGGAUUCAUUUCCUUUUGCAUUUGAUGGAAGCCGCACACCGCCGAUGUUAGAUCUUCAUCCCAUUCCCACACGAAAAAGUAUCACCUUAUGUGAUGCAGAUUUCGUGCUAAAUCCACUGGUCACAACUUCCAGAGCUGUGAAUAAUCCAAGGGAAAACAUUCGAAUGAUCACCUCUUUGCCUGUAUCGCCUAGUUCAAGUCCCUUACGACAACAUGGACCAGCACACAAGAGUUGUUUUCUUUCCCCUCCUCACCCAACUUAUGCUACAGCAGGGCCAAGCAGCUACAGCAUAGGCGACUACACAGGCUACCGGGUGAGAUCGAACCCAAAAUACAUUAGUGACCCUUGGCUCGAAUCCUCUCUAUUAAAAGCACAAACACCAGGUGCAUCCCCAAGGACUAGACCCAUUUGAACAAGUGUAAAUACGACAGAAACAGGUGUCUUUCAAUGUCAUUCUCCCCCAAAAUGCACAAUGUUGUGAAAAAGGUCUUAGUAUUUUAUGCAUCUUGGGCCAGCUAUUCCGGAGGUGGCAAUCAAUGUCCAGCAUUUUCCCAGUUGAAUCCACACGAUUGGAUUCAUUGCAAACCAGGAAACUUUUUAUGAUGCAUGGGGAGACUCUGAGUCCCUUGAUUUUGUAACAAUAACAUCUUGAUUAUUGUAUAUGGAAGGCCAUCAAUGUAUUUGUAACAUUUAUAUUGUAUACAAGUUCACUGGUUAUAUGAUAUGAGAUAAAAGAUCAUUGCCUA